AUGUUGCAUGGGCUGGACCUUCUGCGACAGCAAUACAAAAAGUAUGCCGAGCAACGGGGCCUCCAUUCAUCACCAUCAGCUACUAUCACUGUGCUGAGUGAGCGCCUCUGCGACCCCACCCAAUCACGCGACAACCAGCGCGCCACUGUCUUAUCCCUGAAAUCGCUGGUGCGAGAUCAUGCGGACCAAGUGAGCGAGCAUGCUCUUGUGCCGCUUUUGAAUUGGAUCAAGACAAAAUCGAAUGAAGGAGACGAAGAGACGCUCCGUGCAGCCGUGGAAUGCUGUCUGGCACUCUGCCAAGCCACUUCCGACGAUCCACGCACCAGGGCCCGUGCCUCCCAAAACAUGUCGCGCCUACUCGAAGAGAAAGAUGCUCUCCUCACUCUUCUCACGCUGUUAUCAUUAUCUCAUGGUUUCUAUACGCGCUUUGGGGCCUUACAGCUGCUUGUGCUACUAGUGGAGCAUCGUCGUCUCGAGGUACAAGAUUACGUACUUACGGCUCCAGGCGGAUCCAGCUCCGUGCUCCAAUGCUUGGAAGCCGCACCCAGCUCUAGCACGGAAAUUAUUCGAAACGAGGCGCUGCUUCUUUUGCCCCAGCUCGUGAGGGACAAUGCAGAUAUUCAGAAGAUUGUUGCAUUUGAAGGCGCCUUUGAACGCUUACUCGAUAUCAUUGUACAGGAAGGUCGAAUUGAAGGCGGCGUCGUCGUACAGGACGCUUUGGAUGGACUGGAGGCACUUCUGCUACAGAAUGUAUCUAACCAAAACUACUUCCGCGAAACGCUGAGUAUCCCUCUCUUGGGCCCGCUCUUGUUUUAUCCACCACCGAUACCGCCGCAAGCGCCUGAACAUACUCGUCAAGAGUAUGCGACACAUCAGCGUGCAUUCUUGCUCCAAGAAUGGGACGAGCAAAAGCUGACGAAUGCCCAAAUUCUCCUCCGAUGUAUCCGUCACCUAAUUGACGGCCAGGGCGAUGGACACAAGUCGAAUCGGCUUGCCAUGUGUAAGACGGGUCUGGCUGAAGCACUGGUGCAGCUGUCGAUGGCAAGUCUUGCGCCCCCCGCGCUCAAGUCAGAUACCUUGCAUGUGAUUGCCGCCCUUCUUCGCGGCUCACGCGAGGCUCAAGAGAUGAUGAGUGCCAUGGUGAUCACGCCUGUGUCCGUUCGACCAUCGACAGAGCCAGGAGAUGGACUACCACCGAUGGAGCUGACAUGGGAAGCUCCUCAGCCCGCGAUGCUUCGCCUCAUUUCUAUGGCUGUUCGUGGUCCGAUACCAUCUGCGGAUACGGACAUGGCUCUCCGUGUACGAUGCGCUGCUCUCCAGGCCGUCGAAGCUCUGAUCGAGCAAAACAUGGAUAUCCGCAUGACACUUUGGCAUGCUUUUGUUGCUGCCCCAACACCAGAUCAGACAGACAACGACUCGGCGGGGCUGCUGCUGAAUAGCGUCGCACAUCUACCGAGCACCACGCUUGUGGCCUCCAACAAAGUGCCACAGCACCGAUUUGACCCAUACCAGCACUUGUUUGCUGCUACAAUACUUGGCUAUAUCCUGUAUGGAAGCGAGACGUCCAAAGAGUUUGCUAGACGCGUAUGUCUCAACGAGGAAGGUCGCUGCGUGGCCGAUGCUCGCGUGCCCAGCGCUACAGACGAUGAUGAACCUGCGACGCUGGUGCAUGUCGUCGUGGGCAACCUGGCCAUGGCCCUUCGUGAACACGCCGAUGCCGUGCGUCGCGAGCGUGCAGCUCAGAUCAGCGACUCGAACACCUCGGCUGAUUGGAACAAAGUCAUUGUUGGGUACUUGACCUUGCUGUGCGUCUGGCUGUGGCAGAGUCCACCGAGUAUUGCUGACCUGCUGUCUGAAAGCGCCAAUCUACAGGUGCUGAUUCAGCCAGCAGCACAAACAACGGGCGUUGACCCUCUGAUUCAAGGCUUGUCGGCCUUCGUCCUAGGGACGGCGUACGAAUUCAAUGCGCUCCAGGCGACGUCUGACCAGUCAGACGAAGUACUUACGCGUCAGGCCAUGCACCCCAUCCUGCAUUCGCGCAUUGGCGCCGAUCAAUUUAGCACCCGCAUCCAAGCUGUCAAGAAUGAUGCCCGAUUUGCUGCGUGUGCUCCAGAGACGCUGGAAAUGGUCGGUAAACCACAGGCACAUACGGCAGGCAGAACGGUGUCACCCGACAUUUGGUUUACCUGGCCUUUUGUGGAGUUCUGGAAAGACAAUUACGUGCGCAUCCAAAAGUCGAUUCUUCAAGCUCCCGAGGCCUCGGCGGCAUCAGAAUCUGAACCGUCCGCGGAACUGCUCGAUGCGCGCCAGCGUCUUAUGACCAUGGAAGCACAACUCGCGCGCGCACAAGCUGAUGCUGGCAUGGUCGAGACGCUCCGCGAGAACCUUGCGCAGGCACAGGAGGCUGCCUCUAUGGCACAGAAGGAACAUGCCGCUUCUCAAGCUGCUCGCGAGGCCGCACAACGCGAAUUAGAGGCCGCACACCAGGUGCAAAACACUCUCGAGAAUGAAUGGAAGGCAGAAAAGGAUGCAUUGCGUGCAGAGCACGCCCUUGCCUUGGACGCUCAUGAGAAGACGAAAGCACAACUGGCGUCAGUCAGUGCUGAUAUGGAGACGCUGCGUGCCCAGCUGGCCAACAACAGCGGCACAGAUGAAGCACAAGUAGCCGUGUCACAGCGUGCUCUCGAAGCUGCGCGCCAAGAGACUGCUACUGAGCAGGCACAUGUGGCUCAUCUGCAGCUCACGAUUCAGCAGCAUGACGAACAUGUCCAUGCACUCCAAUCGCGUGUUGCUAGCUUGGAGCAGGAAGUGCGCGAGGCUCGCGCGGCAUCAGCAUCGUCACAAGACGAUGAGCGAAUCAAAGCACUGCAGAUGGAGAAUGAAGACCUACUCGUGUUACUAGAUGAGCUGAUGCAAAAGAGAAAGAGUGACAAGGCCAAAAUGCGUAACGCUGGCUGGGACGUGAGUGACGACGAAGAUGAUGAGGACAUAGCCUAA